ACUGCAUGAUGGUCAAAUUGAUGCCGGACGUAAACUGCUGUGGGAGACCAACUACGCAAUGCAUGCUGGGUUUCCGGGAAAUUUGAUUUCGUGCCGUCAAACUUAGCCAUGGGGGUUCAGCAGCUGUGGACCAUCCUUGCCCCUGUGAAGACCCACUGUGCGCUGGAGUCCCUGCAGGGGAAGACUCUAGCCGUGGACCUGAGCAUGUGGGUGUGUGAGGCCAGCGGAGUCAAGGCUAUGACUGGAGCCGUCACCAGGCCACAUCUAAGGAAUCUAUUCUUCCGAGUGUCUCAUCUGACCAAAAUGGGCGUCGGGUUGAUUUUCGUGGUUGAUGGGGAACCACCAGAGCUGAAGUUCCAAACCAUGGUGAAACGGAACCAGGGUCGGUUCGGGGCCAGCAAGACUGGUCCAGAUGGACAGAAGAAAGGCCUGGUUAAACCAAAGAAAAUGAAGAGGUCUCACUUUAAGGCUAUAUUGAAAGAGUGCAUCCUCCUGCUGGAUGGACUGGGAAUCCCCCAUGUGCAGAGCAAGGGAGAGGCAGAGGCCUUCUGUGCUUUACUGAACAGGGAAAAUUUGGUGGAUGGAUGCCUGACUGAUGAUGGGGAUGCCUUCCUGUAUGGGGCCAGGACUGUCUACAGGAACCUCACACUGGAUAAAAAGGAUCCUCAUGUGGACUGUUAUCAGAUGACAGACAUAGAAGAGAAGCUGCUGUUGGAUCGUAACAAGCUGGUCGGCCUGGCCCUGCUGCUGGGCUGUGACUACUGUCCCAAAGGGGUGCCUGGUGUUGGCAAGGAACUCGCUGUCAGAGUCAUGACUGCCCUCGAAACCUGUGAUGUACUGGAGCGAUUUAAAGUCUGGAGAUCUGAAGCUCCGUGUGGGAUGACCAGUCAGUUGACAGGAAGCCAGAAGAGGGUCAAAAACAGUUCCAUUGAAGUUACUGUGAUGAGAAAAGCACUGACAGAUCCAGCUUUUCCUGAUACAAAGAUUAUCAAUGAGUUCCUGGUCACAAAAGACACCUGUCCCCCACAAAAGUUGGAAUGGAAGAGGCCAAGGUUACUCGUCUUACAGGAGCUGAACCUGCGGUUACUGGAGUGGCCUGAAGAGUACACACUAGAGAAGGUACUGCCACUGGUGACAUACUGGGAGAUGUCUCACUUACAAACUCCUCAUCAGAAGGAGAACCGACCAUCACUGUCUCCUCACAGUGUGGUGAAAACUCGCACACGUAACGGUGUCCCCUGUCUGGAGGUGCAAUGGUACAAGCCUGACGGUAUCACUACAGAAGAGGACUAUGUCACAACAAUAGAACCUGAAGAUCUCUUCACAUCGGCCUUCCCAUGCCUGGUACAGGAGUUCAGGGAGAAGAAGGCUGCUCAACAAAGUAGGAAGAAAGGAGGAAAAGCAAAGGCCAAACAGAAAUGCACAGAUGACAUGACAGAAACAGACUCCCAACAGCAGGGUGACACACAAGAAGAAGAACAAGCAAAUAGGCCUGCUGUUCCCUGUGUUGUUGAUAACAGUCUAGCUUUGGAUUUCUCCAAACUCUCACUGAAUAAAUGUAACGUUAACAUCAAUGCAACAUCACUAGGCCAAGGAAAGACAGCUAAAUCAACUACAAGAGGCUGCAAAGAGGACACUUUACUUUGUAGAUUGAACGAGAAGUCAGCUACAUCACAGUUUGUUGGGUCUUCUGAAAAGGUCUUGCCUUCUCAUCCUCUUGGGAUCAGCAAACUGGACCCAAAUUUCUCCCUCGGAAUCAACGACUUUUCCUUCAUGUCAAAUGCUGAUGGAGAUACAAGUAUUACCACUAACACAUGUCUGUCAGAUCACACUACUGAACAGGGUUGCAUGUCAAAGAUAUAUCCAGAUCUGAAAGGGCAAAACAGCAUAGAGUCUCCGUCUCCAGUCUCACCCCAGGUAAUGUUACCACUUAUGGAGAGGCUACAGUUGAAGGGAGAAAAGAGGAGACAGCUUAAGGUAGAGAAACGAUCAUCCUACAAGGAUGUGCCUCAGUCUAAGCCUCUAAAAACCAGUCAUACAGCUUCAGCCCAGGUGAUGUCAAACCAGAACAGGCCUGAGAAAGCUACGAAGACUGAGAGGGCAGGUGGGCAAAUUAUAGAACCCAAAGGAAGUUUACAACAUACUUUAAAAGUAAGUCAUGAGCAGUCAGUUGAGAGACAAAGAAUCGCUCCAGUGCUGAGCAAGGGCACAGACAGCUUGAUUGAACUCCCACAGCCUGUAGCAGGUAAAACCAAGGAAGUAAAGGAGAAAAAGGUUCACACAAAUAAAAGUAAAGACGACCUGAAAAAGAAGAUACUACAAACUGACCCAGACUCUUUGGACUUGAGAAAGGUAUUGAUGUGUAACACAGUUUCCAUCCAGAGUAGCUGUGCUACAAAAGCAACACCAGAGGAGCGGUCAGUUAAGACAGAAAGAAUCGCUCCAGUGCAGAGCAAGGCCACAGAAGGCCCUGUGGAACAGCCACGGCCUGUAGCGGUCAAAACCAAGCAAGUGAAGGAGAAAGCACUUCACGCAAACAAAAGUAAAGAAGACUCAAAAAAGUUAAAGGCACCACUGUGUAACCCAGUUUCCAUCCAGAGUAGCUGUGCUACAGAAGCAACAACAGAGGACUUUGACUUUGAGGAGCAGUCAGUUAAGACACAAAGAAUUGCUCCAGUGGUGAGCAAGGCCACAGAAGGUCCUGUUGAACUGCCUCGGCCUGUAGCAGGGAAAACCAAGCAACUAAAGAAGACAGCACUUCACACAAACAAAAGUAAAGAGGACUUGAAAAAGAAGAUACUACAAGCUGACUCAGAUUCCGUGGAGUUAAGAGGGGCACCGAUGUCUAACCCAGUUUCCAUCCGAAGUAGCUGUGCUACAGAAGCAACACCAGAGGAGCAGUCAGUUAAGACACACAAAAUUGUUCCAUUGGUGAGCAAGGCAAUGGAUGGCCCUGUUGAACUCCCACAGCCUGUAGCAGGGAAAACCAAGCAAGUGAAGGAGACAAAGAUUCACACAAACAAGAGUAAAUACGACUUGAAAAAGAAGAUACUACAAACUGACUCAGACUCUUUAGACUUAAGAAAGGCACCACUGUGUAACCCAGUCUCCAUCUGGAGUAGCUGUGCUACAGAAGCAACUGAUGAACAGUUGGUUGAGAAACAAAGAAUCACUCCAGUGCUGAUCAAGGCCAAAGAAGGCACUGUUGAAAAGCCACAGCCUGUAGCAGUCAAAACCAAACAAGUGAAGGGGAAAGAGCUUCAUUCAAGCAGGAGCACAGACAACUUAAAAAAGAAGAUACUGCAAGCCGACUCCGACAAGGCCCCAAUCUACAGUCCGGUUUCUAUCCAGAGUAGCUGUCCUACACAAGCAUCAGUACUUGAUGAUACCAAAGCCAUAUCUGCAUCUUGUAUACCAUCUGAAAUCAAAGCUGCCCCAGCCUGCAGUACUGCCAGACCGAUGGAUGAUGUAAGCAGUCCUGUUGGUACCACCAUGUCUCUUGUGGAGCGACUGAAACUCCGCGUGGGACACUCCAAGGGGAAAGUCCUUGAUGCAAUGCAGGGAAAACACUGA